GUGUUCAUCACUCCAAGUAUCAAUGUUGGCCCAGGCAAGAAGCCGCCAAUUAUCAUUGUUAGCAACAAGAAGGGAAUGCCCAUUACCAUGACAAGGGGUGGCAGCAUUAUUAGAACACUCCCCUAUGGAAGCUCAACACUCCUCAACUCACUGAAGCCCUCCAUACUCAGA